AUGGGGACAGAAAGGGAGACCCACGAUUUCAUGAACGUCCAAUCCUUCUCCCAGCUUCCCUUCAUCCGCCCUUCCCCUUCUUCCACCAGAUCCGACAACAAGCCCAUUCGCCUCUUCGGCAUCGAAUUCGCCACUCCCACCGACGACCUACAACAACACACCACAACGAUUGGCAGCAACGACGACGACGACAACAACAAUAUGGUCGCUAAAGAGAAGGGCGCCGCCGUGGCGGAAACCAACAACAGCGACAAAAGCAGCAGCAGCAACAACAACAACAACAGGCGGUUCGAGUGUCACUACUGCUGCCGCAACUUCCCCACCUCCCAGGCGUUGGGCGGCCACCAGAACGCACACAAGCGGGAGCGCCAGCACGCCAAGCGCGCCCACCUCCACGGCGCCGGAACCACCACCUCUUACCUCUCCGACCACCCUUUCUACGCGCCUCUUACCUACAGAGCUAGCACCCACGCGCCCUUCUCCUCCAGCUGGACGUCUGCUUCUUCUAGGUUUUACGGCAACGGAGCCGGCGUCUCUUCUUACUCCUCCUCGUCGCACCAGCAGCAGCAGCCCAUUACGGGGAGUCCACUGGGGUUGUGGCGUAUUCCGUCCGGCGGCUCUGCUGCUUUUCUUCGGGAUAAGGCGGCGGCGGCGCAGCAUGCUCCGUUGCCGUUACUUGGAGGGGAGGAGGUGAAGGGCGGGUCACAAGGGCGGUUCGGGUACGGCCCGAACCCGAAUGUGCAGCACCAGGAUCUUCACGUGAGUUUAGAUCUUCAUCUGUAA